UAUUGAAACGUCAUUCUACCGUGAGAUGAAUUGAGAUAACAUGUUCAGUCAUAAUGAAGUUUUUAUACAAGCACACGUCAAGUUUCCAAUACAUUUUCAUAUUGAUAACAAUUAUUCUAAAAUUAAGCAAAGCAGAACGUAGGAUCCUAGAAGGAAAGCAGCCCACAUACGAAAGGAAUUAUGUGGUGUACUUCAUUAAAGCAAACUCCUCCAUACAAUACGACACCUGGCUCUGCGGCGGGGCCAUAGUCAGCCCCUGGUACAUCAUUACCUCGGCCGCCUGCGUGGAGGAUGUUAAAUUCAUGUACGCCAUCGCGGGCUAUUCGCAAUAUGUGCGUUAUGAUGACCUCCACACAGACCCAUGCACUAGUCAUACUAGGAGGAGGAUCGUGUUCAAGUGCUUACCUAUGGAUUACAGAUUUGACUAUCCAAGGGUAGAACGGUGGGCGAAUAUCGAUCUCGCGCUUGUGAAAGUGGAAAAACCUUACGACUUCAACGACAACUCAUACAUCAACCAUCAGUGCACGUACAUACCCAACCAGAUUGAUAUCAACUAUGAUAUAAAUCUGCAAGUCGCGGGCACUAAUGCUAUUGUGUUUGGGUGGGGACAUGACCAAAAAUGGAGAGAAACGAAUGACACAGGAGACUACAACCAGGGUAAUCUGCAAUACGGAUCAGUCAAACUCGCCGACAAACAGGACUGUAUGAACCAGUUCGACAACCAGAUGUUGAAGGAUAUAAUAGAAAAGUACAUGAUAUGCAGCAUAGAUAGGGGUAAUCUCGACGACGCGGGAGAAAUUAUUGGAAUAGAAGAUGAGCCUGCGGAUUAUUAUAAAAGAGAUUGCGGGCCGGGGGCGUUGAGGAUGGGAAGGAAGUGUGUCCCUUUAAGACAAUUAAUGUUAAGGACAAGGAGAAGGGGCAUCUGCCAGAACGAUCACGGAGGUCCAAUAAUCACUUGGAGGGGUCCAAAAGAAGUUCUCAUAGGCAUUUCAUCCGUAUUCAGAGUUGAAGACGGCACGCAGAACUGCAUAGGUCCAUUCCUAUACACCAGCACGCAUUGCAAUGGAGAAUUCAUCCACUGUCUCAUGGCCACGGCUCAAGAUGGAAAUAUGGACCAAGAAGCUACGCGCAGAUGUGACGCACUGGCAAAACAGAGUGGUUACAACAUCAUCAGACGAACCAUCUCAUGGAUCGGACAUCCGGAUGGACCUGCCUACAAUGAAAUAAAUACUCACAAUAUGAGAGGAAACACAGCGAAGUCAAAUGUAAAAAUAAGACAACAAAUAGCGAAGACGAAUGUAAGACCGCAAAUUCCACUCCGAGGUAGAGGUUAA